CGGCGUCCUAGCGUUGCUCUCUCCCUGCUGACUGCACCGUGGGGUCCCUGGCCUGUGGCCCACACUAAUCUUUGUCUGUUUGCCCACAGCUGGGAGCCACGAGACUUAGGGCGACGGGACCUGCCAGCAGAAUGCCUUCACCCCCUGAGUGCGACCCCAAGGCCACCAGGAUGAGCGCCGCGGCCGGGCCCUGGCGAGCCCCCCCGUCACACUAGCUGGGCCGUGGGGCCCGCCCGCCUGCCCGCUGCGGGCUGUGAUGGUGUGCUAGCCACCGCCGAGCGCCUGUCCGCAGGUUUCCGCAAGUUUGGGAUUUGUACGGCAGAGUAACCGUGGAGAGGCCAGGGUACCACAAACUGAUGGAUUUUGACAAAAGAGGAGGGAAAGGGGAGUCGGAAGAGGGCCGGAGGAUGUCCAAGGCCGGCGGGAGCCGGGGCAGCCACAGCGUCCGCGGCUCAGGGGCCAGCUCGGGGGUCCUGAUGGUGGGCCCCAACUUCCGUGUCGGCAAGAAGAUCGGCUGUGGGAACUUCGGGGAGCUCCGCCUGGGGAAGAACCUCUAUACAAACGAAUACGUAGCCAUCAAACUGGAGCCGAUCAAGUCGCGCGCCCCACAGCUGCACCUGGAGUACCGCUUCUACAAGCAGCUCAGCACGGCAGAAGGCGUCCCCCAGGUCUACUACUUCGGGCCGUGCGGGAAGUACAACGCCAUGGUGCUGGAGCUGCUGGGGCCCAGCCUGGAGGACCUGUUCGACCUCUGCGACCGCACCUUCACGCUCAAGACUGUGCUUAUGAUCGCCAUCCAGCUGAUCACGCGUAUGGAGUACGUGCACACCAAGAGCCUCAUCUACCGGGACGUGAAGCCGGAGAACUUCCUGGUGGGGCGGCCGGGCACCAAGCGGCAGCACACUAUCCACAUCAUCGACUUCGGGCUGGCUAAGGAGUACAUCGACCCCGAGACCAAGAAGCACAUCCCGUACCGCGAGCACAAGAGCCUGACCGGCACUGCCCGCUACAUGAGCAUCAACACCCACCUGGGCAAGGCCUCCGGGACGAACUGGCCACGGGCCGCAGCCCCCAGGCCGACCCGCCGCGGCCGGAUGCAGAACGUGGGCUGCCGGGCCCGAUGCCACAGCCCCACUCCGUGCGGGGCCGUCUCCUUCACGCAGGUGGCCACCGUGCACCUGAUUCCAGAGGCUGGGCCCCGGCACCAGACCUGUGGGGACAUCCUCCCUGGUGUGGCCGUGUGGGUCCCUCCUGCGUCCGGUGCAGCUGGAGACAAAACCGCCUUAAAGUCCCCGGCGUGGCACCGGGGGCAUUUGCAGGGCCCAGGGCGGCCGCGGCUGCCGGACAGGGAGGCAGCUCUGAGCCGCAGGGACCCAGUGCUGCUCCUGACCCCGGGGGCAGGGUAA